AACCACGCCCCUAGCAACGAGUUUCGCGUACUAUGAAAGGUCGGAAGUUGAUUAUUGUUGAUAGAGAAAGGAAUAUUAUGUAAUUUACAAUAAGUUAAUAACUGGCUGGCAGGAACCUUUCAGAUUCCCCUUUAUUGGUGAUAUCGCGAUGAUCUAUAACAUCUCAGUGUGGAUGUCUGUUGUAAUUUCAGUUGUCCCACUAUGGCGGCGAUAGCUGUUGAUCAACAACCGAUUGACGAUCCUUGGAGGAAUGGAGCUGCCAAACGUACUGCAGCCCUGCCUAAACAUUCUUUAUUCGGAACAGCAUUAGAAGUGUAUGACAAGGAAGAUAUUGAGAGUAUUAAAAGAAUCGACCCAAAGGAACACCAAAAACUUUUAUUGGAGCGAAAAAAGAAGGAAAAACUGAAAUUACCCGACUCCCUCCGAUCCCAAUUAUUGUCAGGAUCAGAUGAGUAUGUUGCAAAGAACCGAGCUGAAUAUCAGAAACUAAAAGCUCUGUUUAAUCAAACAGAUAAUUCCAUCAGAGAGGCUGAGCGAGACGCACUGUCAUUCAGAGGAGGAAACCAAACAUCAUAUACUAAUAAAAACAGUCGGCUUUCCGAAGAAGCAGCACAACUUGCUAGGCGAAUGAAUAGAGUCGGCCUAAACGAUAGAAGUAGCUAUAACUAUGAUAAAUACGGUAAAGAGAGAAAGCUUCCCGCUCAUCAGUAUAGUCUUAUAGGUGAUAUUCUCCGACCAGGGAACGAUUUUGCUGCUCGUAGAGAAAAAACAGACAUUCCUUUUAGAGCCGAGAACACGAACAAUAACAUGCUUCAAACGGCCAUAGGGAGACAACCUUCCGCUAGGGGCGCAAAUAGUCCAAGAGCUGCAAUAGAACUCCCGCCAAAUAUCAAACAUCAAUACGGUACUAGAGUAUGCGACAAUUUAUUAUCUGAUGAAAAAGUAGUGAAACAAACUUUGGAAGAACAAGCUAAAAAUAGAGCUUCCGGUAAACAGAAAGACCGGGUUUCCAUUACUGCUUUAGAAAAACAAUUAAAACCAGAAUAUGAACAACUCGGAAACUUUAUGCGACAAAAUGUGUUCCCCGGUUACACCAUAGAUCACCAUACGUCCACAACCAAGUCUGUAUAUACAGACGAUGUACACUUAAGACGGAACCCAGACCCGGAUAAAUGGAGAUACCAGAGAGACGAACUUAGUUCCUGGUCUGAACACAACAUUCUGAGAGAUCGAAUGAAGAAGAGUUGGGACCAGUAUCUAGGAUCACAACCAAAAGCUCAAGUUAAUUGGGAUAGGCAUACUAAAGCACCACCUAAGCCAAUUCUAAAGGACCCUGAAAAACCAAAGAAACCACAACAAAAGUCAAAGAAUACAAAACCAAAAGAAAAUAAACCGAAAGAUUCAGAAUUUGCGGACAUUAAGUUUGUUACUCCCCCUGUUACCCCUCCUCCGGAAAAAGUUAAACUGGCGCCAAAAGCUGGCAAGGAUAGUGAAUUCUGGGAUUUAUAUGAAGGCGGGAAGAAAUAAUGGACAAAUAAACUAGGGAUUCUAAAUUGAAAAAAAACACAUUAUUUUGUAAAAUGAUAUGGCAUUUUAUUUACAGGACAGUAUUAAUUUCAAAUGUCAAAUCAGGUGAAAAAAAAAUCACAUUCGAUAAUCAUGUGCAUAUUAUAAAUUAUUGACAUAUGCUUGUUAAAUUAUGUAAUUGUAAUGUGACUGCAUUAAAUUUAAAAACAA